UCAGGCAAAUAGAAGCUUGCAGUCCUGCAGUGAACAGGCAAUUCUUUCCAAAAGGCAGGCAGCAAUGCUUUGUCUGACAAGCAACCUAACAGAAGGACGAGAAGUCAGGAUAUAUUCACAGAGCACUUACAGGCGGGAACACCACCGCUGGGUCUUUUGAAGCCCACUCUCGUGGGUGGGAAUGCACACUCUCCUUCCUCCGCUGCUACCACUGAAGACCUGCAGAUGCUUUCAACCACAGGUUUACUUAACAACUCUGAAUCUGUUUCCACAUUUGCACCAGCGCUGUACCAGCAGGAAGAAGAUGCACUUGAUUUAUUGACAAAACUACAGGUGGUUUGUGUUUGAGCCUUUGGUGGAUCGUGAGGGUUUUUCCUGGUUUUUGUGUCCACUAUGAUGUCCAUUGUUGUGGUGUGUUUGGUAUUCAUCCUGCUGGGUUUGGGACAGGCUCAGAUUAGCACACAGUUCCAGGAACAGAGCCAGAGUCGGGGCCAAGGCCAGGAGAAUUCAGCCACCCCAUGGAGGCAGGUGAUUCAGUGGGAGAACAAUGGCCGAAUGUUUAGCCUGCUUAACACUGGAGCUGAGUACGUCCCUGCCAGGGCAGCAGCCCAGGAUAGAGGUCCCAGGGUGGUUGUGGCAGAUGCUAAUCCACGCUCACCACGCAGACCUCAAGGAGGCAAUGUCCGCCGACAAGCUCCGCCAAGAGGAUCCUCUGAGACUGUUCGUGGGCAGGCCAGGCAUCCUUUCGGCUUUGGCCAGGUGCCUGAUAACUGGAGACAGACAACAGGAAAUGCAGGGGGUGGCAGUUUCCAGGCAUCCUCUGGCUCUCGAUUCAGGCCGUCUGCAGGCUCAUCUUCAUCAGCAUCAUCAUCUUUUUCUUCAUCCUCCUAUAAUGUACCAUCCUACCCUCAGUACCCAUUUCCACAACAGGCCCCAUAUCCAGUUAUGCCUUAUGACCCAAGUCUGACAGAGGUACCUGUGAGGAGCUAUGAGCCUCCCUUUCAGCCUGUCGUCCCAGGAGGAGCAUAUGGUGGUGGAUCAUAUGGAGCCGGACGGGGUUAUACUGGAUUAGGUGGUAUGGUCUCUGUGGUCCCCGACUCUCCUUCGGAAUAUACUGAUGAUGGCUAUCGGUACUACCAAUCUUUCAGCUAUGGGCCUAAUCCCGUGGCACCUGCUCGAGCUGCCCAGCCACCCUUUUCAGAUGGUCUGGACCAUAGAUACACCCACAGUCUCUAUAAUGAGGAACCCGCUCCUGCUGUCUCUGUUCCCGACACCAACCAGGCAAGCCCCAUUGUAGUGGACAGAACGGGACCACUUGGUCAACCCCUGAUCAGAAGCCCUCAGUAUGAGCAGUUUCCUCCAUUUGGAAGACCCCAGCCGCCAUUCCUACAGCCCAUUCCUUCAAGCAGAAAUUCUCCAAACUCUGCCCUUGAGAACCCCAGUGUCAAUGUAGGAAGUGUGUACCGACCACAACAGAGAGGGUUACCUGAUCUGAUUCCGGAUCCCAACUACGUCCAGGCUGCUACAUACAUCCAGAGAGCCCACAUGUACUCACUCCGCUGUGCCGCUGAGGAAAAAUGCUUGUCAAGCUCUGCCUACAGCCCCGAGACUACUGAAUACGAUGUGAGGGUCCUGCUUCGUUUCCCACAGAGGGUGAAGAACAAGGGAACAGCAGACUUUAUGCCUAACAGGGCACGCCAUACCUGGGAGUGGCAUAGCUGUCAUCAGUAA